AGUAAGACCGCUAUCUAUUUAUUCGACUUCAUAUUUGGCUGAACAUAUCUCCGUCGCCACGCCCAAUUAUUUGCUAGUAGCUGUCUGAUGAUAACUAUUAAUAUCAUCCCAUCAACACCAUUCCUCUGACACACCGGACAGAAUUGACUACUCCGGUAGACUGCUUGCUUCCCUUCUGCCGAGUUGACUGGCUGGAUAAACAUUUGGAAACCACCUGAAGCCCGAGCUACGUAUGCCAUGGACGCCCGUCGCGACUAACGCUCGACUAGUUUUUGGGCUCCAGUUCUGCAGCCACUCAUCUGUUGCGCCGGUCACUUUAGCUCACGGCGCUACCGGGGAUGAAUCGAUAACAAAGAGGAGAGGCCCCAAGAGGGGACUCGCUCACACCGAAUAUCCCGGAUCAACCAGCCGCCAGCAUUCUCUUAUGCCAUUCCAUUCAGGGAAAAAAAAAGAGGGGAAAAAUUGAAAGACAUUAGAAGUGAAAAUAAAAAAAAAUAAAAAAAAUUUUGGAGAAUUGUUGCACAUUCCAGGCAGCGACAAAUGGGUAGAAAAUUCUUCAAUUCUCCAAAUUUUUUGUUUCCUUGGCCUUUUUCUUUUCUACUGGUGUCUCUCUUGUCUCUGUGGUGAGUACUGAGUAUGUCUUGGAGAGGAGUUUGUCUCUCUUGCAGGUGGACCAAUGGAAACCAGACAGGGCAUCUGCAAGUCUGCGACUUCCUCCUCGAGGGUUAAUUAGUAUCCCUCGCGUAGGGCAACAAACAAAUCGCCGGCCAAAUCAUGAGUCCGUUGCUGCACCAAAACAAGGAACGGGAAAUUGGAGCCAGAAAUGAGGGGGAAAGUCUGAGAAACAGUCAGAGAUGAUUAUCGACUCUUUUUCAAUUUGCUUUCGAAUUGAAACACACGAC